ACCAAGUCUAAUAAAGAACAAACCCGGCCGGCCCAAGCCUCAAAACCUUCCGUCGUAGCCCCCUGCUUUCGUCGGUUGUUCCGCUCCAGGACGGCCGGGGACCUAGGUAGCGCUAUUCCGAAGGAACACGGAUCAACAAUGGCCUCUCUAUCCCGUGAUUGGACCUUACGAUGAUCUUUCGAACCCCAUUUAACGAGCAAUACAUAAGGCUUCUCUCAACUGCCGUGAAAUCCGAUGGAACUCCACUACUUGCACACAAACCCAUCAUCCUUCAUUCGGCCCGAUACCGUAGGGAACCGUCAAACAGGCAACUCAAACAACAUCAUCCUCUCAAGGGGAACGUUACAUGUCCAAUCAGAAAUCCUCUUUUCCCCCUCCAACCAUGUCUUCAACUCCAGUCGACACCGAGGUCCUCAUCGUCGGGGCCGGCAUCGGCGGUCUCACGUUGGCAGCCAUCCUCUCACGGCUCGACAUCUCGUGCAAGGUCCUCGAGCGCAGCGACGUGCUGCGCCCCGUCGGCGCGGGCAUCUCUCUCUCGCCCAACGGUCUUCGCAUGCUCGAUCAGCUCGGCGUGUACGACAAAGUGCUGAAAGCGGGCCAGAAGCUGCGUAAAGUGCAGAUAUGGCGUGGUAAGAAGCUCUGGAAUACGGUGGACUGGGCGGGUUGUGAGGCCAAGUUCGGGUACCCAGUUGUGUCGUUGGAGCGUCAUCACUUCCACAGGCUUCUCUUCGAAGCGGCUGGAAGUGACAAUGUCGUGCAAUUCAACACAAAGAUUGUCGAUGUCAUUGACGACCCGAGCGAGUCCGUCGUCAGAGUGGUCUCUGACGAGGGUAGAGAGUUCCGCGCUCACGUCGUUGUUGGCGCUGAUGGGAUACGAUCAGCCAUACGCAGGUGCCUGGCACGAGACGCUGGUCUCAAGGAGGCAAAUACCAUCAAGUUCACAGGGCGCGUCCACAUGAGCGGCAUCACCGCUCCGCUGGAACAUCUCGGUUCCCAGGACCUCGGUGUCGCCAACUGGAUGCUCUACGAAAACUCGACUCUCACCACUUGGCCAUGCCCCGACAACAGGCAAUGGUUCAUCGGCGUCACGAAAACCGAUGAGAAGGUCGACAACGACCGGUCUAUCUGGAGUAACUGUGACGAAGAUACCAUCAAUUCAGUCUACGGAGACAAGUUCCACCCGUUCGCGGAGAAAGGAGAGUUUAGCGAUAUUGUCGACAAGAACGAGCGGAUCCUUGCUUGCAAUAUGUUCCAAGAAGUCGAGUUUCCGUCAAUGGCCCGAGGCAGAGUCUGUCUCAUCGGCGACUCCGCGCACAGCAUGACCAGUGCCUUCGGCCAGGGCGGAAACCUAGCAAUCGAAGAUGCGGCGAUCCUAGCUAGCCUGAUCCGGGAAACCCGAGGGUCUCUGACAGAGAACGCGGAACCGAUCCUCCAAAAGUACAGCGAGAUGCGAGAAAAGAGGGCAAAAGAGGUGGUCAAGUUCAGUUUCCGCUUUAUUUUACUACACGGAGCCUUUCUACCAUAUGGCAUUGGACCGUUGCUUCGAUGGUUGAUCUACGCUUUCCUGCCCGGCGGCGCCUGGCUCUGGUUUCUCAAGUUCCUGUAUGGUUUCCAACCCACUGUACCGCAGCUAGAGUCUGUGUCGCCAAAGACAUAAGAGAGAGAAGACGUUUAUUAUUCUGCCUAGCUCGUAUGGAUCUAUCUCUUUUCGGAAUGCCGUUGUCUAAGAUUGAUGUUUCACUCAUUCUGGAGUAACCUAACCAAAAGCCCUAUGACGGAUAGCCGUCGGAUGAGAUUUAGC